AGGAGAGGAACUGAGGUUUGCAAGCACUGUGGCUUGUCUGUUUCCUGUUUCACCAGACUGCUGUGCCAAAAGAAUGUCGGUACCGGAGAAAAAUGGAGAGGGGGCUGAGAACAUCUGACUGGCCGCUUCCCUGGACACCUGAGACCAGAGAGGGGGCUCAGAACAUCUGUCUGACCGCCUCCCUGGCCAUCUGAGACCAGAGAGACACUAGGGACAGAACCUAGGACCUGAGGUUUCUCUUGUCUUGGCAGGGAGGUGGCACUGAACCAGCGUCUCUGCAGUGGACCAACACUGAGCAUCGUGAAAGAUGCUCAUCCCAUCACUGACCUGAUCAGCAGCUGACGUCAGCACCUCGCCCUAGAUACAUAGCAGAUGACAGAGAGAAAGGCCAGGAUGUGGCGAUGGAGGAAUUAGGGCAGGUUCUCUGAGCCAUGCCAGUCCGGAGCCACAAGGUCCAAGCAGCUGUUCAAGGAACUGAAAGCCAAAGACAACAGGUGCUCGGGAGGUCACCAUGAUCAGCUCAGACCCCAAGUCCUCCCCUGGCUUGGCUUGGUGGGCUGAGAGCUACGAGGCCAAGUGUGAAAGACGUCAGGAGAUCCGAGAAAGCCGCCGCCGCCGCCGCAAUGAGACCACCUGCCGCCAGCCGGGGAAGGUGCUGAGGACCCAGCACAGGGAACAGCUUCAGAGAGCUCGGCAGCUCCAGUUCCUCAGAAGGAGAAACCUGGAAGAUGAAACGAAAGGCCAGGUCAGGGAGCAAGGGCCUUCCUGCAAGACAGAUGGAGGGACAUGUCAGGUGACUGUCCUCAAAGAGUCCUUGCCUGGUGCCAACAAGACGGCUUUCCCUGGACAGCAGGUAACAGGGACCAGCGCCGCCAUUUUCCCGACCCUGCGCCAUUCCUCCUCAAGCCUCCAGAGAGAUUUGGAUGGCCUCCAUUCCUCACACAUGACAGUCUGUCCAACACAGGACUCUGCCGUCAAGAAGCCACACAGACAGCACCGGGGUACUCAGACAAAGGCAGAAGAGGCACAGCCAAGAGUAAAGAGUGAUGCCAGUCAGCAAACCAACUGUGGAGUCGCAGUUCAAGAUAAGGACAUCAUCCAACUCUCUGAGUACCUCAAAGAAGCUCUCCAAAGGGAGCUGAUCCUCAAACAGAAAAUGGUGUUUCUCCAGGACCUGCUGCCUGCCCUGAUCCGGGCCUCUGACAGCUCUUGGAAGGGGCAGCUUAAUGAAGACAAACUGAAGGGCAAACUAAGGUCCCUGGAAAACCAGCUCUACACCUGCAUGCAGAAACAUACUCCCUGGGGAAUGAAGAAGGUGCUGCUGGAGAUGGAAGACCAGAGAAGCAAUUAUGAGCAGAAGGCUAAGGAGUCGCUGCAGAAAGUGCUGGAGGAGAAAAUGAGUGUGGAGCGGCAACUUCAGAGUGUGCAGCUGUCCCUGGCUUUUGCUGAGCAGAAGUGUGAAGAGUGGAGGAGUCAGUACGAGGCUCUUAAGGAGGACUGGAGGACCCUAGGGGAGCAGCACAGGGAGCUGGAGAGUCAACUGCAUGUGCUUCAGUCCAAACUACAGGGAGCAGACAGCAGAGGCUCACAGAUGAACCAGGCCCUGCGACUUCUAGAAAAUGAGCACCAGGAGCUGCAGGCCACGAUCGAGCGCCUGCAAGGGGACCGAGAGCAGCAGAGCUCCCACACCCAGGACCUACUAGAUCGGCUAAAGCGGUCAGAGGAGGAGAAACAGGUCCUGGUGAGCAGAGUACAGCAGCUGCAGAGUCUGCUUCAGAAACAGUCCUUACACCACCAAGAACAGGAGAAACUCUUAAAGAAAGAUCAGGCUUUACCUGUGUGGAAUCCAAAGCUCUCCCUUGAUGAAGCAAAGCCCGAGAGUACAGGGAAGGAGAAAGACUGGGAGCUCAGAGACCAGCUACAAAAGGAGACAUCUCAGCUCCGGGCCAAGGAAAAGGAGCGGCAGUGUGGCCAGUGGCUCCCGGUGCUGAUGGUGGUGAUGGCUACAGCACUGGUGGUGUUCCUGGCAAACAAAGACAGCCUGGGGAUCUGAGGAACUUCUGGCGUCUGUCUGGGGGAAGCUAGAAGCAAACGAC